CAUGACCUCUGGAUGGUGGAGAAAUUCUUCCAGGACCAUGAGAGGAAGAUGCCUCGGGACAGUCUGAUCACCUCUGAGAAUGACAGUGAACAAGAUGCAGAUUUGUCCUUGCAAGAGGAACAUGAGAGUAAAACACACAGAACAAAAAGAAGAGAUGGUGACAGGCAGAAAAAGAAGAGGAGAAAUGAGAGAAGAAAAGGAGGAACAAGGGCGGCAGAAGGGGAAGAGGAUUUACAGGCCGUAUCUGAGAAAAGAGAAAGAAGCAAGAGAAAAAGAGCUAAGAGUAAACAAGAAACAAGCAGAAGAGAGAACAACGAAGAGGAAGAAGCUCAACUGACAGGUGGCAAGGGAACAAAAGCAAGAAAGGAUAUCAGAAAUGAAAAAACACGCAGAAUGGAGAAGGAGGAAGUGCGAGAAGUUGAUGAAAAUGUUGAUAAGGGAAAAAAGAAAGAGGGAAGUACCAAAAAGGGAAAGAAGAAAGAAGAUGGAGGUAAACAGCUGGUAACGGAAAAAGCCCCAGACGUAAAAAAGAAAAAGCACAAGAAGGCUGAAACAAGUUCAGAGCCAGAGACUAGGAGUGAAGAGGACGAUGAUGAAGAAGAGGACAAUAACAAGGAUGUGGUGAGGCCGGAGUGUCUCUCUCCAGAGGAGCUGGAGAAGCUGAAGGAGGCAGUGGAUGAGAGGAAGAAACUGAUCCAAAGUCUAAGGGGAAAACCCUGGCCAAUGAAAAAGAAACUUGUCACUUUAAGGGAGUCUCAGGAGUUUGUGGAAAAAUAUGAAGGCGCCUUGGGAAAAGGAAAAGGCAGGAAGCUCUAUGCAUACAAAGUCCUGAUGACCAAGAAAUGGAUGAAAUUCCAACGGGACUUUGAAAACUUCAAAACUGCAUGCAUCCCAUGGGAGAUGAAAAUAAAGGAGAUUGAAAGUCAUUUUGGCUCGUCAGUUGCCUCAUACUUUAUCUUUCUGAGGUGGAUGUAUGGCAUCAAUAUGAUCUUGUUUGGUCUGACCUUUGGCCUGGUUAUGGUACCGGAGGCAUUAAUGGGGCGACCUUAUGGGAGCAUGCCAAGAAAGACUGUCCCCAGAGCUGAGGAGGCCAGUGCGAUGGACUUUGCUGUUCUUUGGGACUUUGGGGGUUACGCACAGUACUCAGUCCUCUUCUAUGGCUACUACAACAACCAGCGUACGGUUGGCUGGCUCAAGUUUCGUAUGCCUCUGUCUUACUUCCUGGUUGGUGUCGGUACAGUGGCCUAUAGCUACAUGGUGGUCAUCAGAACGAUGGCACGUAAUGCAAAUGAAUCAGGGGUCGGCGAUGAUAACAGCUUCAAUUUCAGCUGGAAAAUGUUCACCAGCUGGGACUACCUGAUAGGAAAUGCUGAAACAGCAGACAAUAAGUUUGCUUCCAUCACCACCAGCUUCAAGGAGGCAAUCUUAGAGGAGCAAGAGAGCCACAAGGAUGACAACAUCCAUCUGACUCGAUUCUUGCGUGUGCUGGCCAACUUCCUGGUCUUGUGCUGCUUAGCAGGAAGUGGAUACCUCAUCUACUUUGUAGUGCGCCGUUCUCAGAAAUUUGCCUUAGAUGGACUGGAGAAUCACACGUGGUGGGAAAGGAAUGAGGUGAACAUGGUCAUGUCAUUACUGGGGAUGUUCUGUCCAAUGCUGUUUGAUGUAAUCAGCGCCCUGGAGAACUACCACCCGCGGGUUGCCCUGCAGUGGCAGCUCGGUCGCAUCUUUGCCCUCUUCUUGGGAAAUCUCUACACCUUCAUUAUUGCACUCAUGGAUGAGAUCAACCUUAAAAGGAAAGAGGAAAAGGUAGUGAAGUUUAAUAUAACCAUGUGGGAGGCCAGUCUUUACAAUGGCACCGUUUCAGAAAACAGUACUGCUCCACCCGUCACGAUCCACCCUGCUGAUGUGCCCAGAGGGCCUUGCUGGGAGACAAUGGUAGGCCAGGAGUUUGUUCGCUUGAUCAUAUCUGACACAAUGACAACUUACAUCACACUGCUGAUUGGUGACUUCCUGAGAGCGGUUCUUGUUCGUUUUCUCAACUACUGCUGGUGUUGGGACCUAGAGGCUGGCUUUCCAUCCUACUCUGAGUUUGACGUCAGUGGGAACGUUUUGGGCCUGAUCUUCAAUCAAGGAAUGAUAUGGAUGGGUUCCUUCUAUGCGCCCUGUCUGCCUGCCUUAAACGUCAUCCGGCUCCAUGUCUCCAUGUACCUGCAGUGCUGGGCUGUUAUGUGCUGUAAUGUGCCACAAGAAAGGGUCUUCAAAGCCUCUGGCUCCAACAACUUCUACAUGGCCAUGUUGCUGGUCAUCCUCUUUCUGUCCACACUGCCUGCCAUCUACACCAUUGUCUCCAUCCCCCCUUCAUUUGACUGUGGACCCUUCAGUGGUAAGAACCGCAUGUUUGAUGUGAUCCACGAGACUCUGGAGUCUGACUUUCCUCCAUGGUUUAGCAAAGUUUUCAGCUAUGCCUCUAACCCUGGAUUGGUGCUACCCUUCAUACUUCUUAUGGUACUGGCCAUUUAUUACUUGCAAUCUACAUCCAAAAGCUACAGAGAAGCAAAUGUGGAGCUGAAGAAAAAGCUACAAAUGCAAAAUGAGGAGAACAAGAGGAAGAACAAACAAGCAGCACUGAAAGCUCAAAUGGAUUUGGAGGAGGCCAGAAAGACUGCACAAGAGCAACAAAGGAACAACAAUGCUUCAGUACAGGAUCAAGAAGAUGAUACAGAUAUCCACGGCAGCGGUCAGAGGUCGUAUCAGGAAAAGUAUGGAUGCAACCCUCCUCCUCCUGUUGGAGGCAGAGGACGCCAGAUGCCAUCCAGCAGAGACCCUGGCUCAAGGACCUACAACCGUGGCAUCCACGGGCCUUCUGGAUACCUGCCUGGUUUUGCUCGGCAAAGUGAGCCCAGGAUGUACAGGGUGCCGAGCCUGCAGAGACACUGACACAAUGACACAAAACAAAUAUGGGAAAAUCAAGAACUUUACUGAGAAAUUCAUGCUGGACUGAUAGUAGUUAGUGCACAUUAAUUGCUUCUCAUGAAUAAGUUUUUUUUCCUUUACAGUCUGUGUGUAUGAUGAAAAGAUAGAUGAACUGAACUGUCACUCCUUUGUUUACGAAAUACAAGUUCAGAAGAGCAGUGCUUUGUUUUCUUUUUAAUUUUACAUUGAUCUUCUCAUGCAGCCCUUGUUUUAAAGCUAUUAACCAACUAAAAGCACCCUCUGGAUCUGCAGACUUCCAACAAGGUCAACAGUCCACUUCUCUAUGAUGUGUAGAACCAUGUUUUUAGCCUGGAAAUUUCAAAUACCGCAAAUAUCAUCUGUAUUUCCUAAGAAUGGCUCCAGAGUCCAGUAACCUAGUUUUGUUUUGGUAGAUCACAAUAAAACUGUACUUUCUGUGUUGCAGCUUAAGCCAAAUUUGACUGUAUUCAUCUGGACUGAUUUUAUUGAAUGUGGGGAAAAACUAGAUU